CCUCUCGCCUGCCAAUCCUGGCACCUGUGCGCCGAGCCACUGCACCGAGGAGAUCCCCGGUCCGGGCGAACCCCGGGCUUGAAGCCACGGACACCCAUCCCCUGGGCAGCGGGUUCUCGCCGGCGGGACCUAAAGCCCACUCAGGCCAAAGCAGCUGCCUGCAGCAGUGGGAGCGCACGGCCCCUCUGAGCCUUCCGCUGCGCCCCGGCCCCUGGGGAUCCUCGACCCGCAGAAGCUCGGCAGCAGGCAAAGGGGGACUCGGAGUUGGGUGCACAAUUCGCUUUUCCUGCUCGUCUCUUCUCCGCCCAGGAUUUAUUGUAUGUGGAGCCUUCUGGGGGUGGGGAGGAAGCUGCGCCUCCGCCACCGCCGCUGCCGCUGCUACGGUCGCUAGCGCGGCGCGCAGGGCUGGCGGAGGCUGGGGAGUGGACGCGCUCCUGCCUCUCCCGCUGGCGCUUCGGGCUUUCCCUUGGCCGCUCAUGGCGGGAACCUCUCCAUUCUUCCACCUGAAGGACACUGGCAUCGUGGUCUAACGUGGCACCUGCGGAAUCCUCUCAUUUUCCUCCUCUUCUUCCUCCUCUUCUGCCCUCCUCUGAGGAGAAGGACCCUCGAGCCCACUUCACUGCGGACGCCCAAAUACUUUAAGGAAUAAACCUUGGCAGCUGCACGGCUCUCGGGAACCACAUGGGCAGUUUCUCCCGCCUGCGAUGAUGGAGAAUCUAAUGAGGGGAAGGAAUCCCCCCCAAUAUCAGAGAAGUCCUUGUAAAGAGGUCCGUGCAGCACUUCGGAAGAGGCCUGAAGAGGAGUUGCAGUGCCUGGAGAUGACCACCAAACGGAAAAUCAUCGGCCGUCUGGUGCCAUGUCGAUGUUUCCGAGGUGAAGAAGAAAUCAUCUCAGUUUUAGAUUACUCCCACUGCAGUCUUCAGCAGGUGCCAAAGGAGGUCUUUAACUUUGAACGGACAUUAGAGGAGCUUUACCUAGAUGCCAAUCAAAUUGAAGAGCUACCCAAGCAAUUGUUCAACUGUCAAGCUCUACGAAAACUAAGUAUUCCUGAUAAUGACCUUUCAAAUCUGCCAACCACUAUUGCUAGUUUAGUUAAUCUUAAAGAACUGGACAUCAGCAAAAAUGGUGUACAAGAAUUUCCAGAAAACAUAAAGUGCUGUAAGUGUUUAACAAUUAUUGAAGCCAGUGUCAAUCCCAUUUCUAAACUCCCUGAUGGCUUCACACAGCUUCUAAACUUGACCCAGCUCUACCUGAAUGACGCCUUUCUGGAAUUUCUUCCAGCUAAUUUUGGAAGACUUGUCAAAUUGCGGAUCUUGGAGUUAAGAGAAAAUCACUUGAAAACUCUACCAAAGUCAAUGCACAAACUGGCCCAGUUGGAAAGACUUGACCUAGGCAAUAAUGAAUUCAGUGAGCUGCCUGAAGUUCUGGAUCAAAUACAAAAUCUAAGGGAGUUAUGGAUGGAUAAUAAUGCACUUCAAGUGCUACCUGGGUCUAUAGGGAAAUUAAAGAUGUUGGUAUACUUGGAUAUGUCAAAAAACAGAAUAGAAACAGUUGACAUGGAAGUUUCUGGAUGUGAAGCCCUAGAAGACCUCUUAUUGUCAUCCAAUAUGUUGCAGCAGUUGCCUGACUCUAUAGGACUGUUGAAAAAACUAACUACUCUAAAAGUAGAUGACAAUCAACUUACAAUGCUACCCAAUACUAUUGGAAAUUUAUCUUUGUUAGAAGAAUUUGACUGUAGCUGUAAUGAACUGGAAUCACUACCUUCUACAAUUGGCUACCUUCAUAGUCUUCGAACAUUGGCAGUCGAUGAGAAUUUCCUACCAGAAUUACCCAGAGAAAUUGGAAGUUGUAAGAAUGUUACUGUUAUGUCUCUACGCUCCAAUAAACUGGAAUUUCUUCCUGAAGAGAUUGGGCAGAUGCAGAAACUAAGAGUCUUAAAUUUGAGUGAUAACAGGUUGAAGAAUUUACCAUUCUCAUUUACCAAACUUAAAGAGCUUGCGGCUUUGUGGCUUUCUGACAAUCAGUCCAAAGCCCUUAUCCCUUUACAAACUGAAGCCCAUCCAGAAACAAAACAAAGAGUAUUGACUAACUACAUGUUUCCCCAACAACCUCGUGGUGAUGAAGAUUUCCAGUCAGACAGUGACAGCUUUAACCCUACGCUGUGGGAAGAACAGAGACAGCAACGUAUGACUGUUGCCUUUGAAUUUGAAGAAAAAAAGGAAGAUGACGAAAAUGCUGGGAAAGUUAAGGAUCUCUCCUGCCAAGCCCCCUGGGAAAGGGGCCAGCGUGGGAUUACUCUCCAACCUGCCAGAUUGUCUGGCGAUUGCUGCACACCAUGGGCCAGGUGUGAUCAGCAGAUCCAAGAUAUGCCAGUCCCCCAGAAUGACCCACAGCUGGCAUGGGGUUGUAUAAGUGGCCUCCAGCAGGAAAGGAGCAUGUGUACUCAAUUGCCAGUUGCAGCACAAUCCACCACUCUUCCCUCUCUAAGUGGCAGACAGGUUGAAAUAAACCUAAAACGAUAUCCAACUCCUUAUCCAGAGGAUUUAAAGAGUAUGGUAAAAUCUGUUCAAAAUCUGGUGGGUAAGCCAAGCCAUGGAGUGCGUGUUGAGAAUUCAAAUCCAACUGCUAACACGGAGCAAACUGUGAAAGAAAAAUAUGAACACAAGUGGCCGGUAGCCCCAAAGGAGAUUACAGUGGAGGAUUCUUUUGUUCAUCCAGCUAAUGAAAUGAGGAUUGGGGAACUUCACCCUUCAUUAGCUGAGACCCCUCUGUACCCACCAAAACUUGUUCUGCUAGGGAAGGACAAAAAAGAAUCAACUGAUGAGUCUGAAGUUGACAAAACUCACUGUCUGAAUAAUAGUGUUUCCUCAGGCACUUACUCAGACUACUCACCUUCCCAGGCUUCCUCAGGAUCCUCUAACACCCGGGUUAAAGUGGGGUCCUUGCAGACAACAGCUAAAGAUGCAGUUCAUAAUUCUUUGUGGGGUAACAGGAUUGCACAAUCUUUCCCACAGCCUCUUGAUUCAAAGCCAUUACUCAGCCAGCGGGAGGCUGUUCCCCCAGGAAACCUACCACAGCGUCCUGAACGGCUGCCAAUGAGUGAGGCUUUCACUGACAACUGGACUGAUGGCUCACAUUAUGAUAACACAGGGUUUGUUGCUGAGGAAGCCACAGCUGAGAAUGCCAACAAUAAUCCUCUUUUAAAUUCAAAAUCUAGAAGCAGUGCACCUUCUCAUGGACGCAGGCCUUUGAUUAGGCAGGAUAGGAUUGUUGGUGUUCCCCUGGAACUUGAGCAGUCUGCACACAGACACACACCAGAAACAGAAGUGCCUCCUUCCAAUCCUUGGCAGAAUUGGACCAGAACCCCUAGUCCUUUCGAAGAUAGGACUGCUUUUCCUUCCAAAUUAGAGACAACCCCCACCACCAGCCCCUUGCCUGAAAGAAAAGAACAUGUAAAAGAAUCUGCUGAAAUACCUAGUCCUUUUUCUCCAGGAGUACCAUGGGAAUAUCACGAUUCCAAUCCCAACAGGAGUCUUAGUAAUGUCUUUUCUCAAAUCCACUGCCGCCCAGAAUCUUCUAAAGGUGUUAUUUCAAUUAGCAAAAGCACAGAGAGGCUUUCCCCACUAAUGAAAGAUAUCAAGUCCAAUAAAUUCAAAAAAUCACAGAGUAUUGAUGAGAUUGACAUUGGCACAUACAAAGUUUAUAAUAUACCAUUAGAAAACUAUGCUACCGGGAGUGAUCACUUAGGAAGCCAUGAGCGACCAGAUAAAAUGUUGGGACCAGAGCAUGGUAUGUCCAGUAUGUCUCGCAGUCAGUCAGUCCCAAUGCUGGAUGAUGAGAUGCUCAUGUAUGGAAGUAGUAAAGGGCCGCAACAACAAAAAGCUCCCAUGACAAAAAAAGUCUAUCAGUUUGACCAAAGUUUCAAUCCUCAAGGAGCAGUGGAGGUUAAAGCCGAAAAGAGGAUGCUACCCCCUUUUCAACACAAUUCUGAGUUCGUGCAACAGCCCAGCAAAAACAUCACCAAGGAUUUGAUUAGUCCUAGAUCUUACCGAGGAUACCCACCAAUGGAGCAAAUGUUUUCCUUUUCUCAGCCAUCUGUUAAUGAGGAUGCUGUGGUAAACGCCCAGUUUGCAAGCCAAGGUUCCAGGUCAGGCUUCUUGAGAAGAGCUGACUCCCUGGCAAGCUCCACAGAAAUGGCCAUGUUUAGAAGGGUCAGUGAACCUCACGAGCUGCCUCCCAGCGAUAGGUACAGCAGACCUCCAUAUAGAGGAGGUCUGGAUCGUCAAAGCAGCGUUUCAGUGACUGAGUCCCAGUUCCUGAAAAGGAAUGGCAGGUAUGAAGAUGAGCACCCUUCAUAUCAAGAAGUGAAAGCUCAGGCGGGAAGUUUUCCAGUUAAAAACCUUACCCAGAGGAGGCCACUGUCUGCAAGAAGCUACAGUACAGAGAGUUACGGUGCCUCCCAAACCAGGCCAGUUUCAGCUAGGCCUACUAUGGCAGCUCUUUUGGAAAAAAUACCAUCUGACUAUAACUUGGGUAACUAUGGUGACAAGCCAUCAGAUAACAGUGAUAUAAAGACGAGGCCUACUCCUGUGAAGGGAGAGGACAGCUGUGGUAAAAUGCCUGCAGACUGGAGACAACAGCUGCUUAGACAUAUAGAAGCUAGAAGGUUAGACAGGAAUGCUGCUUACAAACACAACACAGUUAACCUUGGCAUGCUGCCCUAUGGAGGUAUUUCAGCAAUGCAUGCAGGCAGAAGCAUGACUUUAAACUUGCAGACUAAGUCUAAAUUUGAUCUUCAAGAACUACCUCUUCAGAAAACCCCGUCCCAGCAAAGCAACAUUUUAGACAAUGGACAAGAAGAUCUAUCUCCUAGUGGCCAAUGGAAUCCUUAUCCACUUGGGAGGCGGGAUGUACCUCCGGACACCAUUACUAAAAAGGCAGGCAGUCACAUCCAGACCUUGAUGGGGUCCCAAAGCCUUCAGCAUCGCAGCCGGGAACAGCAGCCAUAUGAGGGAAAUAUAAACAAAGUGACCAUCCAGCAAUUUCAGUCACCAUUGCCUAUUCAGAUCCCCUCUUCACAGGCCACCCGGGGACCUCAACCUGGACGGUGCUUAAUUCAAACUAAAGGGCAAAGAAGCGUGGAUGGAUAUCCGGAGCAGUUUUGUGUGAGAAUAGAAAAGAAUCCUGGCCUUGGAUUUAGUAUCAGUGGUGGAAUUAGUGGACAAGGAAAUCCAUUCAAACCUUCUGACAAGGGUAUCUUUGUUACUAGGGUUCAGCCUGAUGGACCAGCUUCCAAUCUGCUGCAGCCUGGUGAUAAGAUCCUACAGGCAAAUGGACACAGUUUUGUACAUAUGGAACAUGAAAAAGCUGUAUUACUACUGAAGAGUUUCCAGAACACAGUAGACCUAGUUAUUCAACGUGAGCUUACUGUCUAAAUAUUUUUUAUAAAUAGUGAAGAUACUUCUAGCCAGACCUAAUGUUCAAAAAUAAAUUUAUACAUAGAAACAAAUUUUGCCAAUUGCUGGACCAAUGGCAAACAUUAGUGCCAAAUGUAUAAUACUAUAUGUUAGCACUGAUCAUCCUUAAAAAUGUUAACUAUACAAAUAUGAUGUUCAUGUGGUUAUGUAUUAGUUUUAAUUGUCAGCCUCUGGCUGUGCAUUGGUGCAGUUUUUUUUUAAUCAGAUUUGUUUCUUCUCAAAUUGGAUUUCAUAUAAUUUCAGAGCACGGAAGCACACACAAGCUCUUUAUGAAUUCUGCUCUCCAUCAGAAACACUGCCUCAAAGUUGUAUAUGCCUUUAUAUAGAAAACACAAAUAUAAAGAAUUGUGAUUCCCAUAAAAUAUUUCUAGCACAAGGUAUAUGUUGGCAUAUAUACAAAAAGAAUAUAGAGAAGAACAAUAUUUUCAUAAACUAAACAUCUCGGAUUGAGAAAGAAACUAUAUCUUAAAAUAAGACUUUACUAUAUGGAAUCUUUUUCAAUAAAAAUUACAUGAUAAUGCCUUAUGAAAGUAACUGUACAUAUGGUAUAAAGUAUUUAUAUUUGGUUCUAUAUUCAUUUGCUAAAUUCUCAUAAUACAGAGUGAAAUAUUUCAUAAAUUAGCCAUUCAUCUCUGGGACCUGAAUAAAAAUAGUCAGGACAGACUAAUUAAUUUGUUCAAUACCUUUAGCUAAUUACAGUACAUACAGAGUCAAGAAAUGGUCUAAAGGUCAUUGUAGAUAAAUCUUUUUCUCCACAAAUUCAAGCAGUGAAUGAUGGGUGGCAGGAAAGUUAUUGCUUUAUUUCUUUCAAAUUUAUGUUGAUUAUAAACUGUAGCCCCUGUAAUUUAUUUAAUUGUAAAUGUGGAAUUUAUUUGUGUGUUGCUUUCUCUAAGUUGCUACUUUCAAAUCAUUCAAAAUGGGUUGGGGGGAUUGAUAAAAUUUAUCAUUAAGAAAGACUGUUGUUAGAAAGUUAUGGUGGGAGUGAUUGAAAAUAACUUUGGUUAUUUCAAUAUGAAACUUCAAAUAUGUUUUCUCAGAGCUGGGAUUGAGCUGUAUUAUUAACUACGAUGCCUGUUUCUGUGGACAUUAGGGAAAAUGCUUAAAGCUUUUUUUCCCCUGAAAAAAGAGUCAACAUAUAGAAAAUUCUGAUUUCUGUCCCAUUAAAGAGAAAGACGGGCAUUUAGAACUAGUUGUUUUUACAUUGGAACUGUUUUCCACUGUAAGUGAUCAAAAUUCACUUUAUAAUCUUUCAAAAAUAUAUCUUUGUGAUAUUGGACAUUACUUUGAUUAAAAUAUUAAUUUGAGAUACCAGAAUAACUUCCCAGUUAGUUAUAUGCAUUCUUUCUCAUAUUUCCACAAAGCUCUUUUUUAUUUAAUGCCUUUGCUUUACAUGCCAGUGUUUCAAGUAUUUUAUUGGUAUUUUCACAAUUGUAUCAUGUAUUGAUGCCACCAAAGCUCUGAGAAUAAUAUUUGUAAGUUAAUUGUUUUACAGGGACAUUGAAAAUAUUGUAUUUUUGUAGGGUCUAUUAAAAUGAGUGACACUAGAAGAGCAGUGGUACUUUUUGGCAUUAGAAUUUGUCACUUGAAGACAACUGAUAAUUCACUUUAUAUAUGAUGCACUAAUUUUGAUGUUGCUUUGCGUCAUGGUGACAUUAUACCGUGAUUUUUUUAAGGUUUGACAAUUGGCAGAUGGUUAAAUGAUUGGCUUAUUUAAUGAUUCCCAGAAGUAACUUUUAAAUGCAUUUAAAAAUAUUAACAGUUUCUGAUGAGAAAUGUCUUUCAGAGCCUACUUUUCUUUGUCAAAACUCACUCCAAACUACAGUUUCCAACCAGUGUUAUAGAAUGAUCAUCAUUAAUCAAGAUGGAGGCCCUCAUUGGCCUCACAAGAUCACUUAACAGAAAAAAGAAACUCAUGGGUGUGGUUUGGUGGCAAUGAAACAUCUCAAAUCAUCCCAUCAGUUUGUUUAAUCUGUUAUGGGAGAGGUGGGAGAAGACCCGGAUAUAGGAGUCCCUCCAAGUCUUUCUUUAUGUCAGUUUUCACCAUCAAACCCAGGGCAUGAGGAGAUGCUUCCGAGGCACAAAACUGAAAGGAUCCUGAUCCUGGUAGACGCCUCUGCCAUUCCUGACGUAGCACCAUUGUCCUGGGCCAAUGUUUAAUCCUUCCUUUAGGAAGAGGAAGAGAGAAAAGGGAUCCCUGACCAACUGGAAAAGAAAUUAGAUAUGCCAAAGUACCUUAUUAUUGAUUGUACUGACAUGCUGCAUACUGAAAAAAGGCAGGUAAUAAUGAAAAGAGGCAUUUUUUUUUUUUUUAAGGUUGACUGAAUAAAAUCACUAUUCCAGAGAGGGGAGAAAAUCUAAUUGAUUCUAUAGGUGACCGGAACUGAUAAUACACUGAUUUUUGAAGUGACUGUUUUUGCUGCCUGAAAUUAGAAUCUGACUCAUGUUAACAACAAAAAAGUCAAGAGUGUGCCUUUAGAAAAAGAACAAAUCAACAACAGAAAAGAAAAAGAAGUGGAAUUCAUGAUGGCUCCAAUAGACUCUACCUCCUGGUCUUUGAUUUUUAUUGGAAUCUUCCUGCUCAGGAAGCUGCCUAUAGCUAAUGGAUCAAUAAGAUACAAUGGAAGGGAUUAAGAAAGAUUAGCGUUGGGAAGAAGCAGCACUGAAAAAUAUCAGUAGAAUUGCUGCAGAUUUUGCAAGCCAAAUAGACAUUAGUGGAUAAUUUUUAAAUAAAUAUUUACAAGGCUUACAAUGCUUUGUCUCAAAAUCUCUCUCUUGAUGAUUCCAGCCUUCUAGAUAACACAAGUCACCUAAAACAAAAUAUAAAUGUACUUUUGAUAAGUGAUAUUCGAAGUUGGUGUGACAUACAAAUAUAUACAUCAUGCUCAUUCACUGCUCACUGAAGCUCAUAAAAACUGUGUGUCCUAGCUCCUCAGAAUUGUAAUUACACUAACAUCAAACAAUCACAGUUGUCUCUGGAUCUUACUUUGGAUUAUCACCUUCAAGAUGGAAAAUAGCUUUAAAGAGGCAGUGACAAAUAAGCACCCAAUUUGUUUUUAAUAUUAAAGAUGCUCACACAAACAACUCUAAUAUAAUUGUUUAUUUAAAAGUAGGACUGAAAUGUCUUUCACCAGGGGAUCCAAAGAGACAGGAGAAGAUUUGGGGGUAAGGGGGAGAGGGGGGAUUUUAAGAACUUAGAUUUGUAUAUUCAAGUAUUAAGUGAGAAGUAUCUAAAUUUGCCAAAACGUUUAGAGGAAGGAAACCAGAAAAACAUUUAAUGUUUAAUCAUAAAAUUAUUUAAUAUUUCUACCCACAAUAUAAAGCUUUGGAAAACAUGGUGUACUUGCCAACUUGUCUUUCCAUUGGCUUUUAAUGCUGCCCCUAAUAAAUUCCUGCCUCUUGUUGGCACACAAAUGAAGAAUGUGUACUCUGAUGAAGAUGAAUGCACACUCAUCAAGAGGCAAGAAUACAACAAAACCAAUACAAAACCAUGUUGGUAUAGGACUGCCACUCUAAGUCUUUAGUAAAUUCAUCAAACAACAUGUUUGACUAAUUCCUGAUAAACCAACCAAACAGCUUUUAUUGAAAUACUGGAUUAGUCAAAAAUUUAUGCAAAUAAAUAAUGAAACCCAGUUGGUUAAGAAGGUCCCUUUAGUAUUAAGAAAAGCAAGGUUGGGGAUCCAGUAGAGAGCAGAGUUCCUCUCACAGAAGUGUUCAGUCUUUCUAAGGCUUAAUAAAACGUGUAACAGUAGGUUGGUGAUGUGCCCUAUCUUAUGGUUGUAGCUACCUGAUCAUCUGGGACUAGGUGAAAAUCUUCAGAUGUGUAGUCACUUGCAUGAACUUUUUUCCUUAGCCAAUACAACCUCCUCCCACUAAGAAAAGCAUUCUGCCUUGGAUCAGAAUAUUUUUCAAUCACCCAGCAAGACCAUCUCCCAAAUAUGCACGAUAGCAAGAAAAUAGAGUGUUGGUUGUGGCAAAAUAAAUGUAGUCUAUGGAAAGCAUGUGGGCUAAUAUUAUAGGAGAUCCUAUAUUUGUGUAUUGAGUGUAUUGUGUAUUGUGUAUUGGCUCUAAAAUGUUCAGAGAAUGUAUUUUCGGAGACAGCCCACUGUACAAAAUUACGGUGGAUCCAGUUAUAUACCAAAACUUCUGGGGGCAUUUCUGUUUCUAAAAUGCAAAACUGCCCUCUCUUCAUUGCUGCUUUUGCUGUUAUAAAUAUAUCCCCCCAGCUCCCCAUGCUUCUCCAAAGGCAAUGGAUGUCUGCUCUUACCUUUUGAGACAAGGAUAAGAGCCCCUCUUGGAAUUGUAGCUAUGUGGAGACCCUUAUCAACUACCAAUAUCAGAUGAUUAACUGAUAGUUCCAGCUUCCAGUUUGGGUGGAACUUUCUUGAGUGAUUAUGGAAUCUGGGGUAGUUACAUUACCCAAAGCCCGAAGAUGUCAUGUUUCUGAUGACAGCAAACACAGUUUGCAUGCAAAGGUGAGGGUGGCAAUGCCUUAACGGAACGGUGUUUCCACUUAUGCUUUUGAAAUAUUUGGAUUUUACCAUAUUAGGGACUUUCUCUGAGCCUCCCAACUGAUUGUUAUUGGGAUGGGUUCUGAUCUUCUUCACCUUUAACCUUCCUGUCUGCAGAAGAAUGGUUUGGAAACACUCUCCUGUGAGGGUGUAAAGUGCAUGACUUCUGCUCCAGAGAAGUCAGAUUUCUGGAAAAACUGGGGGGAGGGGGAGAACGGGGGACCACUAUGACUUCUUAUUUUUUAAAAGUAUAAUGAAAACGUAAGAGUAUUGAAUCUCCUUGGAUUUUAUUUGCUUAUCUUAAUGUGCCCUAAAAGCAGUAAUAUGGGGAGUAAGGAGAGAAGACCUGAGAGAAAACAAUUCACAAGUUCCAACUUCAGAAGCAAUUUCUUCAUCUGGUAGGGUUGUCCCAGUUGGAUUCUGCUAUACAACAGUCAUCUCAUGCCCUUCAUAACAACCCAUUGAGCACUAAGAAAGAUAAGAAUCAGGCCUGAAUUUUAGGCAUGGAUAGAUGAGGAGGAUAUCUCUGCAGCUGCAUCAGUACCUUCCCAAACUGUCCUGCACUAUCAAACAUCUUUUUUAACCCAAUUUUGUUAUUGGUAGUACCUCAGAAAGUGUUGCUGACAGGGUGGCGCAGGAAUGAGACACAGACACAAAGUUAAGGAUUAA